UAUGCCGAUGGAAUGGUUAUUUGGGCGUCGUAUGACGCCUGAUGAGAUGUUAAGAAAGAAUCAACGUGCACUCAACAAGGCUAUGCGUGAUUUGGACCGUGAAAAUAUGAGAAUGGAACAGCAAGAAAAGAAAAUAAUCAUGGACAUCAAGAAAAUGGCUAAAGAUGGACAAAUGGAAUCGGUGAAAAUCAUGGCUAGAGAUUUAGUGAGAACAAGACGUUACCAGAAAAAAUUUAUGGUAAUGAAAGCUAAUAUACAAGCAGUAUCAUUAAAAAUACAAACACUUAAAUCACAAAAUGCUAUGGGGCAAGCAAUGAGAGGUGUAACUAAAGCCAUGCAAAAUAUGAACAGGCAAUUGAAUUUACCACAAAUUCAAAGGAUACUGCAAGAGUUUGAAAAACAGUCAGAAGUGAUGGACAUGAAGGAAGAAGUAAUGAAUGAUGCUAUGGAUGAUGCAAUGGAAGAUGAAGGAGAUGAAGAAGAAACAGAUCAAAUUGUAACACAAGUAUUAGAUGAGUUAGGUCUUCAGCUUACAGAUCAACUAUCAGGAUUACCCUCAGCAUCUGGAUCAAUAAGUAUAGCUGCCACAGGCAAAGUACCAGUUGUGGCUCAAGACGGUGGAGGUGGGGCUAAUGUACCACAACCCAAUGAUGCCGAUGCAGACUUGCAAGCUAGAUUAGAUAACUUAAGGCGCAAGUGAACAAUUUGUGUUUUGGUUGUAUAUUGUGGGCAUGUUACCAAAUCUUAAUUCAUUGACAUUAGAUAGAAUUCAUCAAAUGUUAAUGAUGUUUGCUACUCAAGGAACUGGUGUAGAUUGCAGUUUGACACAGUUUCGUCUUUUCCUUGAUGAAAAAGUUAAACAACAUCUUUUAAUAUUUACUGGUGGGUGUUAUAAACUUGUUAUAAACUAAAAAUUAAAUUGUUCAGCUAACUUUGAUA